AUGGAGGGGGUGAGCGCGCUGCUGGCGGGCGGCCCCUCGGCGGGCCUGGCCGGGGGGCUCGGGGUGGCCGCGGGCGCCGCCGCCGCCGGCCUGCUCUUCUACAGGAUCGCGCGCAGGAAGAAACCGACGCAUAUGACCGUCAACUGCUGGUUCUGCAACCAGGACACGGUGGUGCCCUAUGGGAACCGCAACUGUUGGGACUGUCCCAACUGCGAGCAGUACAACGGCUUCCAGGAGAACGGUGACUACAACAAGCCCAUCCCGGCCCAAUACAUGGAGCACCUGAACCACAUAGUCAGCAGCAGCAGCAGCAGCAGCAGCCCCAGCUUCAGUGACGCCUCCCGGCCCCAGCAGUGGGUCAGCAGCCAGGUCCUCCUGUGUAGAAAGUGCAACAACCACCAGACCACCAAGAUCAAGCAGCUGGCGUCUUUCUCCCCCCGAGUGGAGGGCAAAUACGACGAGGAGAUUGAGGUGUACAAACACCACCUGGAGCAGAUGUACAAGCUGUGCCGGCCCUGCCAGGCGGCAGUGGAGUACUACAUCAAGCACCAGAACCGGCAGCUGCGGGCACUGCUGCUCAGCCACCAGUUCAAGCGCCGAGAGACGGAUAAGACCUACAUGCAGAGCUUCUGUUCAUCUCCAGUGACCACACCUGCCCAGGUCAUCCUCCUGCGCUUCCUAGCCUUCCUGAGCUGUGCCUUCCUGCUGGCUAUGGCCCUGCUGGGCACUAGUGACCCUCUUGCCCCCACCACGCCCCCUCCGCCCAUCCUGCCCGCUGGGGGCAACGACUCAUCUGCCGAGGCCUCGGCCCCCGGCCACACAUCCCCCCCGGGGGCUGGGGGCUGGCGGCGGCUACUGCGCCUCCUGCCUGAGCCUUCAAUGGAGAAGCUGCGUGAUGCCUGGGGCUUUGGCCGGAGUCAUCAGAUGGGCCUAGUGGCGCUGGGCCUGCUGACCUGCCUGCUGGCCAUGAUGCUAGCCGGACGGAUCAGGCUCCGGAGAAUUGAUGCCUUCGCCUCGUUCCUGUGGUUCCUGGUAUUGGGGCUGCACCUGAUGGAGCGAUACCUGCAGAUGGAUGCCCCCAGCUGGCUGGACACCUUCAAGCUCAGUGCCACGUCCCUUUGCUGCCUGGUCUCCCUCACUGCGGCCGUGGCCACGCGGAAAGCAACGGGCCAGCGGAGGUACCGGCCCCGAAGGUACCUCUCCGGCGACUCCAAGGUGCUCUUCCCUAGCGGCAACGGGCUCGGCUGCCCCGUCCCGUCACCUUCUCUGUUCGUCCCGGCUCCUCCCAGCUUCCUCCAGCUGUCCAGCCAGCAGUUCUUCCGAUCCCCACGCCGAGCGUCCUCGUCCUCGCUCCCGGGACGCCUCAACCGGGCCCUCUCGCUGGGCACCAUCCCCUCCCUGACGCGCACAGACUCUGGGUAUCUGUUCAGUGGAAGCCGCCCACCCUCCCAGGCAUCCCAGACCAGAGAGGCCCCUGGGUCAGAUUACUUCUCUCUGCUGUCAGGGAGCUGUGCGCCCUCUCCGCUACCGUCCCCGGCCCCCUCCGUGGCCGGCUCUGUGGCUUCCAGCUCCGGCUCCCUGCGCUUCCGCCGGCCCCUCAUCAGCCCCGCCCGCCUCAACCUGAAGGGACAGAAGCUGCUGCUGUUCCCAUCCCCCGGGGAGGCUUCCCUCACCCCAAGCAGCUCAGACGAACCCGCCCAUCCCGACGGCAGCAUGUUCACCGUGGAGCUGGCCCGGAGCUCCACCAAAGGCCGGCCAGAGCAGGGUCUCCCCCCAGACAUGAAGUCUUUCAUGGAGGGUGGCAGCGUCUGCAGCAACCACUCGGGCAAGAAAGAAGACAGCUCAUCGCACUCAUCAGCCUGUGUGGUGGACACCACCACCAAAGGCUGCCCAGAGGAGGUGGGCAGCUGGAGAGGUCGCCUUGGCAGCUCUCUCCUCAGAGGUCUCCUGGCCGUCAGCUUGGCCGCCAACGCUCUCUUCACCUCAGCUUACCUGUACCAGAGUCUGCGCUAACUCAGCCCUUCAUCCUGCAGUCGUUCCUCACCCCACCCCACCCCACCCCCAGGGACCCUCAAGCCAGAGGAGCCGG